UCACUUUUCGUUUUCAAAUAUCAAGUUCAAAGGUUUAACCUAGAAUAUAUUCGAUGUGUGCAGUUCUAUAUAAAGCAGUUUACGUGGUUUACAACACUGUUUUUAAUUUAAAGAGAAAAUUGUAAAGUGACACGUCAGUGAAUAAGAAAGAUUAGAAUAGUGUAAUAGUUGUUAAAUAUUCGUCAAAGUGUGAGACAAAAAAAAUAAAAAAAAUGUCUGAUGUGGGGGACUGGUUUAAUUCUCUGCCAAUAUUUACGAGAUAUUGGUUGCUUUUGACCGGUUGUCUGUCAUUAAUUGGCAGAUUUGGUCUUUUAAAUCCAAUGACAUUAGUGCUUUUAUACGAUCCGUUUGUACACAAAUUUGAAAUUUGGCGAGCAGUAACAAGUGUAUUUUUCUAUCCCCUCAGUCCUCCGACAGGUUUUCAUUUUAUGAUAAACUGUUAUUUUUUGUAUAAUUAUUCAUUGAGAUUGGAAAGAGGUGAAUAUGAAGGAAGACCAGCUGAUUAUUUCUUUAUGUUGCUGUUUAAUUGGAUUUGUUGUGUUAUCGCCGGUCUUAUUGGAGAUUUCCCUCUAUUAAUGGAUCCCAUGGUCCUCAGCGUAUUAUACAUUUGGUGUCAAUUAAAUAAAGAUGUCAUUGUCAACUUUUGGUUUGGAACAAAAUUCAAGGCAAUGUAUUUACCUUGGGUGCUAUUUGGCUUCAAUUUGAUUAUCUCCGGCGGUGGAAUGUUGGAAUUGGUGGGCAUUCUGGUGGGACAUUUGUACUUCUUCUUUAAAUUCAAAUAUCCCCAGGAAUUCGGUGGACCAGAUCUUUUAAGUACGCCGAAAAUUUUGGAAAAUUAUUUCCCACCACAAAGAGGAGGUAUUAGAGGAUUUGGAACGGCUCCAUCGCAACGAACAGCAGCACCUCAGGGAGCACAAGCUCAAGGGAGAAAUGUAUUCGGUGGUUACAAUUGGGGCCGAGGUCAAGUUUUGGGACAAUAACUUGUGCAAAAAAAGAAAGAAAAAAAAAAAAAAAAAGAAUUGUGUAUAUUUUACAAAUACUACGAGUGAUAAACUUUCCCUUUUCAUUUGUUUACGAAAAAGAAAAAUGAUCUCUACGACAUACAACAGCGAAUUUGUUAUACGAGUUCAUACGAGUGAGUGUUAAAUUAACAAAAUCUGAACAGAUUUUUUUGGAUCAAUUUCAAAGCCAAAGAUUUUUCUUUUAACACUUUGUGAUUUCAAAGGCAGAUUUAAUUCUGUCAAACAAAUUUACCGGGAAAAUUUACCUUAACAAUGGAUUUAUUACUAUUAUUAUUAUUAUUAUUAUUAUUAUAAUGAAAAAUUGACUGUAAUUUAAUUACUGACUGAUUAUUAUGUACUAAAAUUAACAUAUCAUUAGGUGAAAAUUUGAAUUUGAAGUUGAUCCACAAAAUAAGUUCGAUUUGAUUGGCGUCAUAAUUUUUAUAUUAUGUACACUAAAUGUUGAUACUGAAUAUUUAAUAUAUAAUAAGGAAUACAAUACGCUAUUUUAAGAUUAAAAAUGACAGGAUGACUCUUUAUUUCAAAAUGUUAAGUUAGCGAUUAUUUUUUAAUUUACCAAAAUAAAUAAUGCGUAAAUGGUCUAAAAUAUUGUAUGUAUAAAUCUAAAAAGUAAAAACAUUUUUUUGAAUAGUUAUAACAAUUAUGAAAUUAAAUGACUAAAUGUAUUAAUUUCCUAUAAACAGGUUUGUUUAAAAAUAAAAAUUUCAAAAAUCUUC